UGGCCGGGUGAGUUUGUUGAUGAGAAAAGUGUGCUUUGAGUGAGCCCAUUAAUUAAUAGUCCAUGAGAGAAGUGGGCUUUGAGUGAGCCCAUAUUUGAUGAUAAAUGGCCCCCAAAAUGGAAACGGAGAGGGACAGGUCCAUAAGAAACAAAACAAAAGUAGAUGUCAUUGUCAACUCAUGGCCGGUAAUGUCUUAACUAAUAGGUAGGAUUAGGCCGGCAUUUGGAAAUAAAAGCAAGACAAGAUUAGUCAGAGUGAGACCAAUAUUAAUCUUAAAUGUUAAUGAAGAUGAUGUUGUCCAAUAAGUUAGUUAGAAAAGACCAGAUUACUAAACACAAACACAAAGAUUACCAAGAAGAAGAAGAAGAAGAUCUGUCACUCUUCCGGGAGCUGAAGAAGAAAGAGAAUGAUAUAGAUGAUGAGAUGAUGAGGAUGAAUCUGCUGCAGCAGCCUUUGUCUGAUCAAUUUGAUCACUCUAUCAUCAUCAUGAAUCAUCAGAAGAAGCAUUACCACCGUAUUCCCACCAUUGAAUUUCUUGCCCAAAACAACCACAAACAUGACUACGACUGGUUGAAAACGCCCCCUGCAACUCCUCUGUUUCCCUCCAUAGAAAUGGAAGCUACCCACUCUCCUCACACUCGCAUACCUCUUUCCACAACAACCACUACCAGGUUUGCAGAUGCAAAUAAUAUUCCAAUUAUUGGGAAGGCCACAUCAUCAUCAUUAUCAUCAUCAUCAUCUGUCCAAAAACCAACACCAACUUCAAUAAGUUCAAGUUCAAAUAUUAAUAAUAAGUCCAAGACUACACCCCAACUCACAACUACUACUAUUAAUACUAAUAGUAGAAACAAGACCAGAACAAGAACUACGAAUCAUCCCAUGAAAUUGAACAAGAAUAUGAAUAUGCAGAUGAGAGAUACUACUACUACAGCUACAAUUACAUCAAAGACAAGGAUGAACAUGAAUGUGAAUGUGAAUGUGAAUGCAAUGAUGUGGCCAAAGGAAAAAGCUCCUCCUCCAACAGUACCAGUACAUCAGGAAAGAGCAAGAGCAAGAGCAAGAGCAACGACGCCUACUACCAAUAACCCAAAUAGGGCAGCAAGGAUGAUGAUGAUGACCACACAAUCCUGCUCCCCAACACUCUCCAGACCACCCAACACAUCCAAUACUACUACUACUACUACUACUACUACUACUGCUGCCUUCUUCAGGGGUAGCACCAUGGUGGAUAAGCUAAUCAAGGCCAGAAGAUCAUCAUCAACAACACCUACCUACAUAUUAUAACACAAACCAUAUCAUCAAUUAAUUAAUUACAUUAGAUACAUUAUUAAUGUUGAUACACCUGCAUUCCAAUUCGUUGUUAUAUGAUAAAGCUAGCCCACUAAUUAAUCCUCAAUAUUAAUCAGUGAAAACCCAUUAAACACAUCAUGUACAAACAAGUAUUCAUUAUCUAAAAGUGUAGAGGAAAUCUGAUAAGGAGUUGAGACAACAAUGUAACCUUAAAACUUUAUACUUACACAGAAACUCUUGCAAAUUAAUUACCACCAAUAAUCCAUUAAUUAGGGCACGUACAAAUAAUAAAUUUAUUCAAAACAGAACGCCACAAUUAUAGCAAUCUCAUCAAACAUCAUAUAUUCUUAUUAACAAAAACUUAAACUUUCAUAUAGUUCCUCCAAAAAUUAUUACUUUUUUUUUAUAGAAAGUUCAAUAUCAUCUGGAGAAGCGCUCGCAGAAGUCUAACUUGUCUAUUCAGAAGGAGUCUCUAGGAAAAGCUAGUCUUCCUCCAGAAAGGAGUUCUGGAUGGCCAGCCAGCGUUCAUUCCUGGAAGGGAGUUCCGAAUAGUCGACUUUAGCGGUUGCUAUUCCUAUUCGGGAAGUCCUUUCAACGUACGCUUCAGUCUGUAUUCCAGGGAGCGUACGUCUCAUCCAGAAGAACUUUAACUUGAGCUGACGUGGAGAUAUUUUUGUUACGAGAAAUUUGUUAAGUUUGUUAUAAAUUGUAACUAAUUUAACAACUUAGCAUUGGCAGCUACCGACUUUGGGAUUUAUAUUCUUAAUUUAUAAAUACCGCCAACACUUAUCAUUUUAAAGUACGUGAUUUCAAGACAAGUUUUGAGAGGUGACUUUGUUGUUGAAGACUGAGAUCAAAGAGAGAUUGAGAGGUAAAGAGAGAGAAGUACAGAGAAAAGAGAGAGAGAGAGAGAGAGAGAGAGAGAGAGAGAGAGAGAGAGAGAGAGAGAGAGAGAGAGAGAGAGAGAUUGGAUUUGGGUUUUAUAUCGAAAUAUCUUCUGUAAAUGAAAAAGACUAUUGAAUGAGAGUGUGAGAGAUAACACUUUGAGAGAAUCCAACAGAUAAUUAAUGUGCAAUGUAUCUUAUUCUUACUCAAUCAAUAAAGAAAAUUUCAAUGGUUGUUCUAAAAUUGGACUAGAACCAUAGAUCACAUCGAUC